AUGAUCCAGUCUCCGGAGGAAGCAGACGAUAACAUCACAUUCGAUAAAUUUUUGAACCUUCCUCCUGAACUCAGAGAGCGGAUCUACAACAUUCAUCUCGAGAGUCUGGAGCUGGGUGGUCUUGUGAACUUGUCGCCGCCGCCCAUUACCCGGACUUGUCAAGUGGUCCGCCAUGAGUCUCUCUACGCUUUCAGACAACGUAUGAUGCUCCGCAUGGCCGUGGGUCCAGGCAGCGUGCAGCUUUCACGACUGUCAGCACUGGACCUCCGCAUGACCCGGAGAGUCCUCUUCACCGCAUUCAAGGGGCAGACGAACGCUUUCGAUCCUCCUCAAGUCUUCCACCAGACACACUUCCUCCUCGACUGCGAAUGGUAA